AUGCGAUCGGCACGUGGAACACCUUCUCAAAAUAAAAAAUCUUUACUAAAUAUCUAUGGACGCUUAUCUGGUUCACCACCUGAUGGGAAACAUUUGAAUUUCUGCACAGAUUUCGAGAACUCAAUUGUGAUCAACACCUUCAAGAGACGAGGAUGGAAACAAGUGAUGCCAGACGAAGAGUGGCACGUGUACUGGGCGAACACUUUGAACUGUCGCACUAUAUUUAGCAUAGAGUGCGGCCUGCGACUCGGUGAGAAUCAAUUGAUCAACCAUUUCCCCAACCACUACGAGCUGGUGCGUAAAGAUUUACUCGUAAAAAAUAUAAAACGAUACAGAAAAGAAUUGGAAAAAGACUGUAAUCCCCUUGCGGAAAAAACUGAAGUGAAGCUCCCGAGCGGGCAAGUCAUCACUCGCUAUUUAUAUUUAGAUUUCAUUCCGGUUACGUUCGUGCUGCCUUCUGACUACAACAUGUUUGUAGAGGAGUACCGAAAAUUUCCUCAAACAACCUGGAUUCUGAAGCCUUGCGGCAAAUCCCAAGGCGCUGGCAUUUUCCUUAUAAACAAACUGUCGAAACUGAAAAAGUGGUCUCGGGAAUCUAAGAAAUAUUUACAGCAUCAUCUGACAAGUAAAGAUACUUAUGUCAUAUCUCGCUACAUAGAUAAUCCGCUUCUUAUCGGAGGGAAGAAAUUCGAUUUGAGGAUUUACGUCCUCGUUACGUCGUUCCGUCCUUUAAAAGCUUACAUGUUUCGAAAUGGAUUUUGUAGAUUUUGCACAAUGAAAUACGAUACGAGCGUUACAGAACUCGACAAUAUGUAUGUUCAUCUAACGAAUGUGAGCGUACAAAAACACGGCAGUGACUACAAUAGCCAGCACGGCGGGAAGCUGGGCAUACAUAAUUUGAAGCUUUAUUUGGAAGGGACGCGCGGACGGGCGGUGACCAAUCGUCUGUUCGAGAACAUCCAGUGGUUGAUAGUGCACUCGUUAAAGGCCGUGGCGCACGUUAUUUCGAAUGACCGCCAUUGCUUUGAGUGUUACGGUUACGACAUAAUCAUAGACGAUAACUUGAAGCCGUGGCUUAUAGAGGUGAACGCCUCCCCAUCGAUGACGGCUACCACGGUUAACGACAGGAUACUCAAGUACAAACUCUUGGAUAAUCUUUUAUCGGUUGUUCUACCUCCGGGCGGAAUCCCGGACGCCCGCUGGAACAAAACGCCGAGCGCCGAAGCUUUAGGGGAUUUUCAAAUACUCAUCGAUGAAGAUUCUAUGCAUAAAGGAGAAAUGGAUUUUAUGCAUCGUGAUAAAAGUAAUCGGAAAAACUAA